AUGGAAAAGGAAGACCUCCAUGAGUUUGUUCCCUACAGAGCGUCUGCCAACGCUGUGGCGGAGCACUACAACACCCACAUCGAAAACGGGCUCACAGCCGCCCAGGUCGAACAGGCACGCAAGGACUUUGGCGCCAACAACCUAGGCGCAGAUGAGUCCAUCAGCUACACCAAGAUCAUCGCGCACCAGGUGUUCAACGCCAUGAUCUUGGUGCUCUUGAUCUCGAUGAUCAUCGCGUUGGCCAUCCAGGACUGGAUCUCCGGAGGCGUCAUCGGCGCAGUGGUAUUCAUCAAUAUCUCGGUGGGGUUCGUCCAGGAGCUCAAGGCCGAGAAGACCAUGGGUUCGCUCCGGUCGCUCAGUUCUCCCACCGCGCGUGUCAUUAGAAACGGUGACGACAACACAAUUCCAGCCGAAGAAGUGGUGCCUGGUGACAUUGUCACCGUCGCCGUGGGUGACACCUUGCCUGCGGACCUCAGACUCAUCGACUCCAUGAAUUUGGAGACUGACGAGGCCUUGCUCACGGGAGAGUCGCUUCCCGUGGCCAAGAACCCCAAGGAUGUCUACACCGACCGCUCGCAACCCGUACCCGUGGGCGACCGUCUCAACAUGGCAUACUCGUCCUCCGUGGUCUCCAAGGGAAGAGCCACCGGAAUUGUGGUUGCAACUGGUCUCAACACGGAAAUCGGAAAAAUCGCCUCCUCUCUUAGAGGCAACGAUGGUAUAAUCAAAAGAGUCGACAAGUCCAACAACAGAAAGCCCAGAAAGAGAGAAUACUCUCAGGCUUUUGGUGAAACCCUCAAGAACAUCAUUGGUAACAUCUUGGGUAUUACCGUGGGAACUCCGCUCCAGAGAAAGUUGGCCUGGCUUGCCAUCUUUUUGUUCUGGGUCGCUGUCAUCUUCGCUAUCAUCGUUAUGGCCUCUCAGCGUAUGAGAGUUAACAAGGAAGUCGCCAUUUACGCUAUUUGUGUGGCGCUUUCCAUGAUUCCAUCGGCUCUUAUUGUUGUGUUGACCAUCACUAUGGCCGUUGGUGCCCAAGUAAUGGUCGCCAAGCACGUCAUUGUCCGUAAAUUGGACUCUUUGGAGGCUUUGGGUGGUAUUAACGAUAUUUGUUCUGACAAGACCGGUACUCUCACCCAAGGUAAGAUGAUUGCCAAAAAAGCUUGGAUUCCUACUGUUGGUACUUUCAGUGUUGUAAACUCCAACGAACCAUUUAACCCAACUGUUGGUGAAAUCGAGUACUCUAAAUUCAGUCCUAGAUACAUUGAAGAGACUGACGAAGAAAUUGAUUUCAUUCCAAACGCUUCUUUCCUCAAAUCAACUGAUCAAUAUCCAACUAACUACCGUAACUGGUUACUAACUGCCACUCUUGCCAACAUUGCUACUAUCAACCAGGCCAAGGAUGAAGAGACUGGCGAGAUCUUGUGGAAAGCUCAUGGUGAUGCUACUGAAAUCGCAAUCCAAGUUUACACUACUAGAGCUGAAUUCGCCCGUGAAGACCUUGUUAACAAGUAUGAACACUUGCACGAAUUUCCAUUUGACUCCUCUAUCAAGAGAAUGUCAGCCGUUUACAAGUCAAGAGAAACCGGAAAGACCACAAUCUACACCAAAGGUGCCGUUGAAAGAAUUUUAGGAUGCUGCACCCACUGGUACGGUAACGAUCAAGAUUCAGAGGAAAAUUUCGAUUCACAAGAAACUAUCCCAUUGACUGAACAAGAUAAGGAAUUGAUUGAAGCUAAUAUGAAUGCCCUCUCAUCUCAAGGUUUAAGAGUUUUGGCCUUUGCAACUAGAGACGCUUCUUCAGACUCAGACUUCAGCGACAGAGAAAAGGUCGAAACUAACUUGAUUUUCCAAGGACUUGUUGGUAUCUAUGAUCCACCAAGACAAGAGACAGCAGGAUCAGUUAAGUUAUGUCACAAGGCUGGUAUCAAUGUUCACAUGUUAACUGGUGACCACCCCGGUACAGCCAAGGCUAUUGCCCAAGAAGUUGGUAUCUUACCUCACAACUUGUAUCACUACAGUGCAGAUGUUGUUAAGGUUAUGGUUAUGACUGCUAACGAGUUCGAUGCUUUGAGUGACGAAGAAAUUGAUGCCCUUCCUGUCCUUCCACUUGUUAUUGCCAGAUGUGCUCCUCAGACCAAGGUUAGAAUGAUCGAGGCUUUACAUCGUCGUCAAAAAUUCGUUGCCAUGACUGGUGACGGUGUUAACGAUUCCCCUUCUCUUAAGAAAGCAGAUGUUGGCAUUGCCAUGGGUCUCAAUGGAUCUGAUGUUGCCAAAGAUGCCUCUGAUAUUGUGUUAACUGAUGACAAUUUCGCAUCCAUUUUGAAUGCGAUAGAAGAAGGAAGAAGAAUGUCUGCUAACAUUCAGAAGUUUGUUUUGCAACUUUUGGCUGAAAAUGUCGCUCAGGCCUUGUACUUGAUGAUUGGUUUGGCAUUUAUUGAUGAAACCGGUUAUUCUGUCUUUCCAUUGUCUCCAGUUGAAGUUUUAUGGAUUUUAGUUGUUACCUCUUGUUUCCCAGCCAUGGGUUUGGGUCAAGAAAAGGCUAGUGACGAUAUUCUUCAGAAGUCUCCUAACAGUACUAUUUUCACCUGGGAGGUUAUCAUUGAUAUGUUAGCCUAUGGGUUCUGGAUGGCUGUUUCUUGUUUGCUUUGUUUCGUGGUUAUUGUCUAUGGUAAGGGUAACGGUGACUUGGGUUACGACUGUAAUGCCACCAAUGCCAACACUGAUGUCUGUGACUUGGUUUUCAGAGGUAGAUCUGCCUCUUUUGCCAAUAUGACCUGGUGUGCCCUUAUUUUGGCUUGGGAAUGUAUUCACCCUACUAACUCCUUGUUCUACAUGAGACAAGAUACCGACAAUCCAUGGUGGAAGCAAACUGCAAUUGAUUUAUACGACAACCAAUUUUUGUUCUGGUCUGUCAUUGGUGGUUUCCUCAGUGUUUUCCCAGUUGUUUACAUUCCAGUUAUCAAUGAUAAAGUGUUCUUGCACAAGCCUAUCGGUUACGAAUGGGGAGUUGCAGUUGGAUUCUCGUUGUGUUUCUUGUUAGGAGCUGAAACCUGGAAGUGGAUCAAGAGAAUCUACAAGAGAAAGAAUGCCACCAAGACUAGCAACCCCGAAUAUGAGUUGGAAAGAAACGAUCCAUUUAGCAGAUAUGCCUCCUUCUCCAGAUCCAACACCAUGAACAUGAACGAGCUCCCAUAA